CAGUGUAUAAGCGACCUCAUCAAGUAAAUAAAAUACGUUGUGUGCGUCUCUCACUAAAUUAAUCAAUCAUUUCUUCCCCAGGUUCAUACAACACAGGUUGUCGUGCCCUUACACACCAACACCAACAAUAUUUCCAUUUCUUGUUGAAACCUGGAGAUAAUUUCCACCCCAGGAGCCAGAAGUGGCCAUCAACGGUUGUUGUGAACCUGGAACUUUUCCAGGGAAAUUCAGUCAUGGAUUUGUCUCCUGAACCAACGAUGGUGGUGAAGGCUCUGAAGGACCUGAAUCAGUUUCUGACUGGCGGAAAUAAGUCCGGAGAUUCUUGUUUGAGUGGGUCCAGACGUCUCAACUUCUCUGGGGUGCUCAGUGAGAACAGUAGCAGUAGCUUCGUUGAUGAGGACUUCGUGAGUGGUUUCCAGACUAAGAAAAGGCACCUUGAUUCCCUCGCUGGAUUUGACAUCACCAAGAAAUUUAGAGAAAAAGACAGUGAAAUAAUCAGUUCUCAAGCCACAAUUAAAAGACUUGAGGGACGUAUACAUGACUUGGAGUUGACAGCUAAGAAAGCAAAACUGGAAAGGGAUACAGAACUGGAGAGUUUGAGGCUGAAGCAACUCAGAGAUAAAGAACUGAUUGAUGACCUACAGCAUAAAGUGAAGCAGGUGCAGAAUCGUGAGAGGGAAACUCAAGAGUGUGCAAACAAAGUUAAAAAAGAAUGCAACACCAUCAGCUUUGAGAUUGAGGCAAAAAUGAUCAAAAUGCAACAAGAGCACAUGGAGCAGUACAACACAUUUUGUGAGAAAAUUUCUGAUCUUCGCAAAAAAGUGUUGGGCUUGGAAAAAGAUGUUGACGAAAAGUCCUCAGAGUUGGAGUUAACAAAGUGUCAUACUGCAGAGCUAGAAGAAAAUCUUGCCGGAGCCCAGGAGAGGUUGAAAGAGUCGGGGUCUAAUCAGUUGCAGUUGGAAACACUGCAGUUACAGCAUAAUAGAGAAAAAGCAAAAGUUCAGGAACUAAAGCUGCAGCUGGAAAAGCUGGAGGUGCUGCGGAACAAAGCUGAUGUCUUCGAUUCUACUGUGGGAAAGUUCUCUCUCCUGCAGAAGGAACUGUCUAAGUUAAAAGAGGACAAUAAGUUUCUAAGAGAGACUGCUAGAAACACUGAGCUCUUAGAAGAAAAACUAGAUGGUGCUCAGCAGCUCGUAAAGUUACUGGAAAAGCGCUGUGAAGAUAAUGCAUAUUUACAGGCAGAGAAUGACCUGCUGAAGGAAACUGUGCAGCAGUAUGAAUCAGUAGUCAAGAAGGAGUUUGGGUUUGAACACAAAGCUACGCCACAAGAAUUACAACAUCACAUUACCAAACUCAAGCAAGGGGACGAAACUCUCACCGAAGGUAUAGCACAGCUUCGGGCCAGUCAGAAAUCCCUGGAGGAGAGUCGUGUAUCAGAGGAGGAAGAGAUAAAGGCACUGAAGGCCAGAUUAGGGAAGCAGAUGCAUAACAACCAGCAGAAUGCUCAUCUUAUCAAGAGACUACAAAGAAAGUUGAUUUUAGCCACUAAGGAACGCGAUGGUUUAAAGAGCAUCCUCGACUCUUAUGACUCGGAGGUAACGAUUAACCACUCAGUUGUUAGCCAAGAAAAAAUUACGAAGUUGGAAGGUCUCUUGGAGUUGUACAAACAAGAGCUUCAGCAUCACGAGAGUGAGCUAGACAUAUUAGAUAAAAAUAAAACUGAAGAGACUGCUGCAACACAACCAAGAAAAGAAGAUGCUGAGAAGAUUUCAUCCUUGGAGAAGAAGGUUUUGGAGCUAGAGAGUGAAAUUGUUAAGUUGAAACAUGCCAGGGAAGUCCUAGAACUUAGACUUGAGCACCGAGCACUCAAGGGCGACUAUGACCCUACAAAGAUAAAAAUUCUACAUUUUGAGAAGAAUCCCUUAGCAAAAGCAAUUGAAAAUAGAGGUACAGAAAUCCAAUGUUUACAAACUGAAAAUGAGGCUUUACGAGAACGAGUGAAACUUCUAGAGCAAGGUCAGGUACAAAACCUUACAGAAAGGGUUGGGAUGAAGAUGAGCAAAGGAAUUCACUCCAGCAAAGAAGUUGCAGAACUGAAGGUAAAAAUAAAAUCAACAGAAAUGCAAAACAAGCGACUGCUAGAGGUAUUCAAACGCAAAUCAAAGGAGAUGCGUGAAGUCGUGUAUCAGUUAACUGGCUACAGAGUAGAUGUCUUUGGGGAUAAGCAUUAUAAACUCAUCAAUAUGUAUGCAGACUCUUGUGAAGACUACUUUCUGUUUGAGGAAACGCCAAAAAAGGAGCUGCAACUUUUAGAGACCGAUUUCUCAAGUACGCUUGAAGAUCUCAUUGAUGCUUAUCUUCACCAUCAGAAUUCAUAUCCAGCCUUCUUAUCUGCAGUUACUCUUGACCUUUUCAAUAAGCAAACAGUAGAGCAGUCUCCAUCUAAUGAAAUGGAAGAGGAGAAUGAAGCGGCAGCAGAUGGGGAGGCGGAGUCGGGAGAACCACGACCGUCGCAGAAUGAGUACGACGAUGAUGAAGCCAAUGAACUGAUUGUUGUAGAAUAACUCAAAAUGAAAAAAAUGUAUAUUGUACAGUAUAUAUUUAAAAGGAUACCACUUGUUAAUUAUAAAAAAUGUAUUUUGUAUGAAACCCCCACAGAUGAGUUGGAGAGAAAUGUGUAUUUAUAAUUCAUUUUGGUUGAUGAUACAAUUCUUCAAUAGGAGUUUUAGCCCCUCAUUUUUUAUGACUUAUAAAUCAGAUAAGUUAUGUGGAUGUUUUAUAUCCCUUUAAAUUAAAGUCACUUUGAAAAUUUAA